AUGGAGCAGCAGCUGGAUGAGCUCCAGCUCUCGGACGAGCAGCGAAACGUAAUCGACGCCCUUAUCAAGGAGCAGGUCAAGAUCAAAGUAGAAGAAGCAGCAGCAGCAGAGCGCCCCGCAGCACAGAGCGAGGGCAUGCCUUCCGGAGGAGGCGACACCCGGCUGGAGAGGCCGGCUGGCUCGGAGUCAAGCCCGCGACCCGAAGACCAGCCCCGAUCGCCGGCGGACGUCAACCUCAUCGACACCCUUCUCGCGGGCCUUGCAGAGGAUCAAGAUCAAACCGGAGGAUGAAUACAGGGGAGUCCCAACCCCUAAAGAAACAAUACGUGUAAGCGCAGGGGCAGUGGUACUCGUUGAAGCAGCAAGUAGGGGAGGAGCCCCGGCGCUAUCUCACAAGAGCGUGAGUACUUCGCCAGAAACUAGAAGCGUACGGUUGGGUGCAAUCCGAUCAUGAUGCUAACGUCCACAAUGUACGCAACCUUCUGCCCGAUUUCAAAGUGCAGAGGAGCGUGUUUUUGGCGCAUUCGGAGACGGAAUUGGUAGAGAAGGUGAUUCUGACUGCCUGGGCGGAGACGGAGGCCGUUAGGAAGAGGGCGUCGGAGAGCGUGGGGGCGUAUGCCCUCGUCACUGGCGGUGACAACCGUGGUGGCGGGGGGGGGGACAUGGGGGGGAGG